AUGGCUGCAAGGAAAACAUUGAAGGCUACUGUGCCCAAAAAACCUAAAGCAGCCGCAGUGAAGAAAACGGGAGAGAAGACAAUAAAAAAGGCGCCAUUUGCAGAAUCUAGGACACCAAGGGUAGUUAAGCAAGACAUGUGUAAGGAUAAUCAGCCAACCGAUAACCCAGAACUCGAACUGCAGUCUGAGGCAUCCAAUGACUCUGCUGCUGCUCUUGUCGGUGAAAAACACGCGUGUGCCGAUAUGAAUAGAGUCCAGGAAAUUAUCACCGAUGACGUAACUCCACAACUGGAGAGCUGCACUGUUGCAGGGGAAGAUAAUUGCGCAGCUGUAGAAAUGGAUGAAGAGCAGGCAAUUUCGCCUCUGGAUGAUCAGCAGAACCAACAGGCUGAUGAAAACGAUGUGCAAUAUGAAGAAGAAAAGAUUGCGGCAUUCAGAUUAUUCGUUUCGAAAUUGGCGUACGAAGCUACGAGAGAAGACCUGGAAGACUAUUUUAGCCAGUUUGGCGUGUUAAUCGACAUUCACAUACCGCGACAACCGGGCAACCCAGCACUUAAUAAAGGAUAUGGUUUCGUUUCCUUCGAAAACGAGGGUGAUUUAUUAAAGGUUCUAGAGGCACCAUCUCAUGUUAUACUUGGCAGGGAUGUCAUGAUAGAUAGGGCUACGGGGCAAAAAUAUCACAGCAGCACCAAAGCAAUGGACGACACUAGCACACGGUACAGAGAUAUUUAUCCCAGAUAUAAGCGCCAAUAUGAUGAAAAGGACUUGCGUUUGGACAGAUAUUACAGAAAGGAGAGAGAAGAUCAUUAUAGGUACUCUUACUAUGGCAGCGAUCGUGGCAGCUAUGCUAGCCCAGUCAGCUACUCUAGGACUUAUUCCGGUUUCGACCCACACAAACCCGUGAGCUACGUUUUUUCAGGGUCCUCCAAGCCAGAACAUUACGGAGACAUAGAGUACGACAAUCGCUACAACACCAGGGCAUCCUUGCCUCCGAAAACGAGGCCUCGUACGGUCCCGAAAUUAUUUAUUGGUAGAUUAGGGCCGGAGACUACAGUAGGAACAAUGAGGAAUUACUUUUCUCAGUUUGGCGAGAUUGCUGACGCUUACAUUCCGCGCGACUCGUACACUCAAAAAAGUAAAGGCUUUGGGUUUUUAACGUUUGCUCAUAAGGACGCAUUGCACGCCGUGAUGGAGCCAAAUGCCAAACACUACAUUGAUGGUAAGGAAGUCGUGGUGGAUUAUGCCGAUACUUCCACCCGCCGGAAUUGA